AGUUUCUCAACAAGCACGCAAAACAAUAGGCGGUUUAAUUAUCAACAAACGCAUCUUUCCACAUUCAAUUGCCAACAAAGUACGCACGAUGGCUCUUUUCCCUCGCAGUCUUUAUAAUUCUGAUUCCCCCUUUCACCCAAUCUUCCGACUUCUCGAUGAUUACGACACAUACUCCCGAAGAAAUCAGAAUACUCAUAACGCUGGAAUGAUCCACUGGCAGCCCAGGUUUGAUAUCUGCGAGACGCCUCAGGCUUACGAACUGCAUGGGGAACUUCCUGGUAUGAACAAGAAGGAGGUGCACCUCGAGUUUACUGAGCCGCAGACACUGGUCAUCCGUGGAAAGUCCGAGCGAACCUAUACCUCAGGAAACCCUCCUGCAGGUUUUGUCGAAGGCCCAUCUGCGCAUGGAGCUAUUAAAGGCGAUGGCGACGACCACAACAAAUCGCAGCCCCAACAGCCAGAAAAGGGCGACAAAAAUGACGAAAAGACGAAGUAUUGGCUUGCUGAGCGCAGCGUCGGCGAGUUCUCCCGCACCUUCACCUUCCCAUCUCAUGUGGAUCAAGAUGGUGUUAGUGCCAACUUUCAAGACGGUAUCCUGAGUAUCAUUGUCCCGAAGGUCAAGAAACAUGAGUCCCGCCGCAUCCAUAUUGAUUGA